CAUCGACUGUGCGCCUCCUGCUUCGACGAGAACCCCAUCAGGCGGGCCAUAUAUCGCCGUCAUCAGAGCUCGAGCAUGGGGAGAAACAACGGCAAGUUUGCCAAAGACAUCGGAUGCCUUUCACCCAGAGUACUAAGGACAGAAUAAUGUGUCUUGGUUCUAACGUUUCAGCUUUCGAUGUUCGCCUCUUAGUACGGCUCGCCCUAGGUUUGCUCUGGCCCCUGAGACAAGGAACAUCCGCAUUGCAGAUCGGGGCAGCUGCCCUACGAGCACCAAUCCCACCAAGCAUGUUCUGUGUGAAUAACCGAAGAGCUUAGCAAGUCAGCAGGCCAACGAACUUAGCAGUUUCGCUAACCGGUGCCUGCCAACAUGCGGGGUUUGCAUGGGUUAUGCAGGGCCCACAAAGAACGACUGUGGAUGAGAUUGGGGGGAAUUGUUACUCGGAUGAGGAGUCGAAAGAGCUUCGGGUUGACAGUCCACUGAGUCGUUCUCGACCACAGCAUUACAGCAUCAACUCCACCCGUUUGUGAUUACCGCCUUUCUGCUGCCCUCGUGGACAGUUCACGCACAGUUGUUGACGGCAAAGAAGGCCCGUGGAGAUUACUAAGUUUUGUAUAAAUCGCCUCGCACAGCCCAAACCUCGUCUUCGUACACCACACUGUAUUGUCUCUUGUCAAGAAUCAUCCAACCUUCCUGGCUUACCCUCAACAUGUCUCAACCCGACAUCCCCAAAACGCAAACCGCGGCAAUUGUGCCGAAGCAAGGCGGGCCUGUCGUCUUUGAUGACAACUAUCCCGUCACCAUGCCUGGCAAGGACGAGGUCCUGGUCAAAGUCCUAUACACCGGUGUCUGCCAGAGUGACCUCCAUACAAAAGCUGGAACCGCAACGGGUGCCGACGGCAAGCCCAUAACGAACAUCAAGCUCCCUCACGUUGGUGGACAUGAAGGCGUGGGGCGUGUUGUGGCAUUUGGACCCAAUGUAUCACCUAGGGAUGACCUCCAACUUGGAACGCUUGUCGGCAUUCGCUUCGCCUCUCGAAUCUGUCAUCAAUGCGAGUACUGCACUUCAGGCCAGGAGCAACAUUGCACCAACUCCACAAACCAUCUCCACCACGAGGACGGCAGCUUCCAGGAAUACUGUGUUCUCGACACCAAACAUCUGACACUAUUACCCCAGGACGUCGAUCCGAAGGUCGUCGGACCUGCCCUCUGUGCGGGCGUCACGGCAUAUAAGGCUGUCGUCAACGCGAACCUGAAAGAAGGACAAUGGCUGACUGUCAUCGGGGCGGGGGGUGGCCUUGGCCACUUUGCGGUCCAAUAUGGCCUCGCGCUGGGGGCAAAAGUGCUCGGAGUCGAUGCCGGUGUCGAGAAGCAACAGUUCGUGGAGUCCCUAGGGGCGCAAUUUCUCGAUUUCAGCAAAUGCAAGGAUCUGGCACAAGAGGUUCAAAAGAUUACUGGUGGAGGCACUCACGCAGCAGUCGUGACAAGUGGCCACCCUCGGGCCUUUCAAAAACUGGCCGAUAUGAUAAGAGUGGGUGGGUCGCUGUGUUUGGUCGGCAUUCCUCCUGGCGACGUGUGUCUAGACACGCCCAUUGCUACUAUCGUCAUCAAAGGCUUGAGAAUCCACGGGAACCUGGUGGGCUCGUUGAAGGAGACCGGGGAAGCUGUCGAGCUGGUUCGAACCGGGAAAGUUAAUCCGCGCGUCCAAAUUCGACCAUUCCGGGAAUUGCCAGAAGUGUAUGACAUGCUGGAGAAAGGCGACAUACCUGGGCGGAUCGUUUUACAGCUGUAAACAUCCAGCCACCAACGAUGAGUGGUCGGAGUCGUGUGGGUCAAUCUACCAUCGAGGUGGCCGUGUAGGGCCGCAGCGGUCCUCUGGCUUCGGCCAUUGCAGGUAGUUCGCAUACAAUUCGCCUACAAAGCGCCUAUGCAGACUGCAAUGCAAUGAAACACGCCUGAAUUGCUAUUCAGUAUCUUUCUUCUCCUGUAUGAUCUUGGAUACUCCUGACCCCUUCCUAACAAAGAGCUGAAAACAAGAAAAUCUCGAGUUGUC